AUGAGGCUGGCUAUUAUUAUAUCCAUCUUUUCUCUCAGUACUCUAUCUCUCUCAGCAGUCUUUGCUCAGAGUUCGCAGUUCGCCCUCGUCGUACUUUCCGACAGCAAGACCUACAAUGGCACGACUCUUAUUCCAUGCCAGAAAGGCAAACAAGGUCCCUAUCCCGGGCUCUGUCCACUGGCACAGCUUCGCUACCCAAUUUCUGACCUUGAAGCUGCCUUCAACUUGAACAACACCUCAAGCCAAACUCGUAAUACCGGCUUUCUCACCUACGAAUUGAAAAACAGACAAACUUCAAACGGUAUCGCUGAUGUAAAAGCACCCAUGGCGUUCAAUAACAAGGGUUCCUAUCAAGUUCCCGUUUUUGGAUACGCAAGUUUCGACACUGCUUCCAAGGUUUCUUUCAAUGAGAAGAAUUAUCUUGGGACCAUGGAGGGUUCGAGCCAUCGUAUGGAGUUCUGGGUCAGCGACGCCGCCGCUUUCUUCUUGCGUGAAAGUGAAUAUUUUGAGGGUAUCUUAGUCUCGUUAAGUGUGAAGGUUGUAUUUACGAAAAUUAGCGGCUUUUUUUAUGUUGUAGGCAAAGUCAUCUUCAAACACCAUGAAUUUACUCAGAACGCAAGACUAUAA